AUGAUUUUAUUACACUCUGUAAUUGCUCCAUUGCAAAUUAAUCUUGCAUUCACAAAUCAACUUAAUGAAAGCAAUAGUGAUGCUGAAUUUCUACGCACUUGUCUAUAUGUUGAUGCCUUCUCCGGUCGUCAAAAUGGUUCUUAUCAAAUAAUUCCAUAUUUGUCGCUUCACAAACUAAAUAUCACUAGUGAACAAUUAUAUCUAUGGUCGGCACCAAUUGAUGUUGCUGAAAAUUAUCAAUUCUAUUUAAAUCAACUUUCAAUUUCAUAUGAACCGUCAAUGGCAAUGCAACUCUUCUACAAUUGUACUUUACCUAGAUUCGGUCCAUUGUGCCAAUAUAAAUUUGAUGAGUACAAACCUCAUUAUACCUCAUUAAAUGAGAUCAUUGAUAAUUCUUAUCUGUUGGGGUAUAAACCGAUUACAUUUACGUGUUAUACACACAUACAAUGUAAUCGUGAUCGAGCUCCAUUAUGCCUUGAUUGGAGUGAAAUAUGUAAUGGUAAAAUUGAUUGUAUCGAUGGUGGACAAGAUGAAGAGCAUUGCUGGCAGCUAGAAAUUAAUGAAUGUCAAGAAAAUGAAUAUCGAUGUGUAAAUGGACAACACAUUCCACAGACAUUUUUUCGGGAUGAUUCUGACAUACCUGAUUGUUUCGAUGGAUCUGAUGAAUUUGACAAAAGGAAUACGACAUAUGAUUAUUGUAGUACUGCUGUGCCAACGAUUGGUUGUGAAGACGUAGCAUGUACAAAGAUACCAUACGAUCGUCGGAAUCUUUUGACAAGUGCAUGUAUGACAUAUCGAACAAAUCUUAUCAUGGAGCAAAUCUCAUUAAAACCUGAAUCGAUAUCUGACUUUUGUUGA